AUGGGUUAUCAAAAUACAAAACAAUUUAUCGAAUUAUCUAAACAAUUUUCGGCUGAUUCUUAUGAAAUGAUUAAUGCUUUGAGGAAAUGUUUUUCAACAAUGAUAAAUUUUAAAAAAGAAAGUGUUAACAAAUUAAUUAUAAAUUUAAUUAAAAGAAUAAAUAAUGGAGGUAUUUGGAUUAAUUCUAAAUUUAAAAAUAAAUUUUUAAAUUUAGUUUAUGGAUGUUUGAAUAUCAAUACAAUAAAAAUAAUUAAGGAUAUGUUUCAACGUUUCCCAACUGAUAUAGGCUGUUUAUCUCCCAUUUAUUUAAAUCAUAUAAUUCUUGAACCUGGCGAAUGUGUUUAUUAUGGAGCACAAGAAUUACAUGCAUAUCUUAGUGGAGAAUGUGUUGAAUGUGUAAGUUGUUCAAAUAAUACAAUACGUGCUGGAUUAACUAAUAAAUUUGUGGAUAAAGCAAAUUUAAUUAAAGUGCUUAAUUAUAGAAUGACUGAUCCAGAAUAUUAUUGUAAAUAUUUAUAA